AUGGCGAUAAUCGGCGAGUUGGAGGGACAUUCGCGGCAGAACUGCUCCUGCUCGUCGGCCUCUUCUCUGCCGGAGUCCGUCGAAGACUGGGCCAAAGGUCUUCAGCCGGACCAGUGGACUUGGACCUCUGAACCGGUUCGUUUUAUUCAUAUUUCCUAAUAAAUCAAACUGUUACAAAACGUUUCUCGGAAAAUUUCAUGCUUAUGUUUAUAGAAACAUCAGUUUUUCAUUUCUCUCUCGUUCUUCGUAGUCCAAAUUUAACUUUUUGCACCAAUUUAAUUUUUUUUUAUAACUGAUUUUUUUCCAUCUUUGGGUCGUCAUUUUUUUCCAAACACAGCUAGUUUUCUUUUCUUUUUUUUUUUGGAAGAAAUCAUAGUAUGAAAAGUUUUCAUUCGAGAUUUUUUUCAUUUUUUUUUUCAUUCAAUUUUGAAAGUCCUAGGUGGACUUAUGAUCAUGUGAAACGUAAAAAAACGGUUUUUUUCGAAAAAAACAGGAAUUUUUUUAGAAAUAUUUUUUUCAUAAAGAACUUUUUUUUAACCUGUAUUUAUUUUAUCGUAAACCCCAUCUUUUGACAGAGAAUUCGACUGUUUGAACAAAUGAGGUUGUUGUAUAAGGUGAAUUUUUAAAAAAAUGACUUGGAAUAAAAAUGAAAUUUGACUUUUCUUCAAAAGUUUUUUACACAAUGAGUUGUUGCAGAAUAACAUGGAGGCUGUGGUUCAAGGCGACAGAGUGACCUUCCAUCCGGUUUACGCUUUCGGAACUGCCGGCGUCCGAGGCGGCAAGAAACUGACGGCUACGACAGUCGCCUACUGGGAGAUCGAGAUCGCCCAGCCGCUCUACGGCACCUCCGUCAUGUUCGGCGUCGGCACGGCUGACGCCAAGGUCAGUACUUUCCUUGUUCAAAGUAUCAUGAUCAUCAGAAGAUGAGCCUUGGCAAAAAAAAAAGGCAAAAGGUUGAAGGUUUUGAGCUCUAAGGAACUUUGCAGAGAAGUACUUUCAGACCUCCUGAUCACAGAAAUAUUGACAUAUUAUAGAAAAAGUCGCCUCUUUUUGAGUUCAUAUGCUUUUAAAUGCAUAAAAAAGCCUUUCUUCAGACGCUGGCCAGGUCGCAGUUCAUCGACCUCCUCGGAGACGACGAAAAUUCCUUCGGACUCAACCACCUCGGAAUGGCCUACCAUGGCGGCGUCGGUGUGGCCGUCUCUCGCGAAGUCAAAUCCACCAAGUGAGUCGAAACUGGGAAAAACUCUCAAGAAGCUCCUCAAGGACUAUUUAGAGGGAACACUUGAGUGGCCACUCAAAACCACCUCUAUAGAAGCCACUAUGUUUCGUCUUAGCGUCUCUGUAGUAGUUUCUGGUAGUACUAGAAAAAAAAGGCCAAUAAUUUUCAGCCAAGUGGUCACUGAACCGUCAAAACCCUCAAGUGACCAUUAAACUUUUUUCAUUUUUCUUUUUAAACUGAACGGUUUCAGCUGCGUGAUCGGAGUCCUAUUCGACGGCCCUCGCCAGAGAAUCAGCUACUUUGAAAAUGGCGUCUAUCUCUGCACUCCAUUCGCCGACAUCAACGUCUCUCUGCCUUUUUAUCCCAUGAUCUCCAGGUUUUUCUCAACUGAUAACGAGAAAUAAAACGAAAUAUUUCCAUUUCAGCACUGCCCAGCAGUCUCAAUUCAUCGUUAGAAACCAAUUUGUUCACAAUAAGGUGAAAAGUCUCUACGACGUUGCUCUGAGACAGGUUGGUGACGUUUUAUUACUUGAAACUUGAUAAAUUUAGGCUCAUAUUUCGAAACUAUGCUUUCAAAAUGAAAGUUCUCAAAAUAUUUUUUUAGCCUUGUUUUUCUAGACAAUUCUGCUUUUCAUAACAGCUGUAAAUGAAUUUUUGAGACUUUUUUCAUCUGAAACGGUAUUUCAUAGGGUCUUUAAACGAUUAGCGAAAUAGUGUACAAAAAUAAGAGAUUCAGACAUUUUUAAUAUCAUUUGUACCUAGCGACGAUGGAUGAAGGAAAGGUUUGAAAUGUUUAAUUUCGUAUUAUAUUUUCUCUAGAAACUAUUAAAUUUCCACAUCAUUCCAGAGCCUAACUUUCAAAGUUCUAAAAAAUUUCAGGUCCACCUCCGAGUUCCUGGAAAAGCGCUGGACUCUUUGCCCCUGCCGCGAACGAUGCUCCGACAACUGCGCGAGAUGGACCGCAAGCGAUCCGCGACGCAGAUGACCUACCUGCGACAGUCGCGAAAACGCGUCAACCACGUCUCCGCGACCCUUCGACCCAUGUGCAACUUCAGCUUCACCGCCUCGCCCCGAAUAGCUCGGAGUUGA